CGCCCCUGGGUUCAACCGGCGCCGGUAGGUGUUUGUCCUCCGUCCCCGGGGGUAUGGAUCUCCCUGCUGAGGGAGGCCGCCUGUGGCCGUGAGCUAUGACCAAGGGCUCCGCAGGGUAGCGCGGCAGAGGAGGCCGGGACGGAGGGGGCCGAGCGUGCAAGCGCAGACGCGCAGCGGGGCCGCGAGCCGCUGAGCCCACUUGGGGUGAGUGAAGAUCAUUGCUAGGAAGAAUUCCGAAUCAAUGAUGAACACAUUGAGCAUGAAGAUGGCUCGGAUCUUAAGACCACAUCUCAUGAGCGCCUCAUUGAUUCCUCAUGGGGUAAAAAUGCUUUCAGAUCCUGGAUCUAGGAUGCUCUCCACCCAUAAAUCCAAGAAGAUGAUCAGGGAAUAUUACAGGCUGCUGAACCUAGAUGAGGGAUGCUCUACAGAUGAUGUCAGGGACUCUUUCCAUAAGCUUGCCAAGCAGUAUCACCCAGACAGCGGCUCUGAUAAGGCUGAUUCUGCAACAUUUAUAAAGAUCGAAGAAGCUUAUAGGAAUGUGCUUUCCCAUGUAAUAGAACAAACACAUGCCAGACAGAACAGAGCUGAAGACACAGAGGAAGAAGAAAAAUUCAAAUACAGAACACCUCAGCACCGACAUUAUUUAAGCUUCGAAGGCGUUGGCUUUGGGACACCAAGCCAACGAGAGAAACAGUACAGACAGUUUAGGGCAGACCGUGCAACGGAGCAGGUGAUGGAAUACCAAAAGCAGAAACUCCAGAGGGAGCACUUUGCUAAUAGCAUAACUGUCCAAGACAUAAGACAGAGCAAAGAAGGAAAGAUAACUCAAGCCAUAGAGCGCCUGGUGGAGGACCUCAUUCAGGAAUCCAUGGCCAAAGGAGACUUUGACAACCUCAGCGGGAGAGGAAAGCCUCUGAAGAAGUUUUCUGCCUGUUCGUAUAUUGAUCCCAUGACUCACAACCUAAACAGAAUAUUGAUAGAUAAUGGCUACCAACCAGAGUGGAUUCUGAUGCAGAAGGAAAUCAAGGAUACCAUUGAGCAACUUCGAGAAGCACUUUUAGCGUCUAGGAAGAAGCUUGGGAACCCGCUGACACCCGGGGGCCAGAAACAGUGGAGCCAGGAGUGUGAGCAGUUUCAGGAAAACAUCCGGAAACUAAACAAGCGAAUUAGUGACUUCAACCUGAUUGUUCCCAUUCUAACCAGGCAGAAAGUCCAUUUUGAUGCCCAGAAAGAAGUGAUCAGAGUCCAGAAAAUGUAUGAGGCCUUUGUAGAAGCAAAAGAAAUCACAGAUGAAAACCCAGCUGACAUUAGCCAGGAAGAAGAGAAAACCCCUGGAGUCAAGACGGGCUUUCUAAACUGGUUGAAACUGUGGAAAUUCAUUAAAACUUGACCCUUUUGAUGUUUACAGUCAUUUACUGCUCUGGUCAGUUUUGAGUUGCCCUGACACCAGACGUAGAACCUGAUUGUUGUGCCUCAGGGACUCGAGAAUUGUGUGUCUUUGUGUAGUUUUCAGAGAACAAAUCACACCCCUGGUGACAGAUGAGAAAAACCUCAAGAAACCAAGUCGAGAGAAAAUUCAGUCAGUAUUGCUAUAAGGAUGUAGCAAGAAAAGGAUCCUCCUGCUGAAGGAAAGGUCAAUCUGUCAGGCAAUGGGUAGGACUGAGACUCAGAUCCGUGACCCACACAGGGCAUUCCUGAAGCCUCUGUGCUCUUUGAAACUCUAGGGACUUAAAGGUUGACAUGUUUUUUUCCAGUUUUUCUUUUUGGUUUUUCCAGACAGAGUUUCUCUGUG